UCGUCUCUGUUUCAAGAGCAGUGCGAGUGUGUGUACAUCGAGCUAACGAAUGAAAGACGACCAAGAUCGACCCUGUGUCCAUCACGUCGCCGUACAUUCACCCUACGUACCUGCAGGGAAUUAAAGGAUAUUUCGUCCGAGAGGUCCCCACAUUUCAAGAGAAGACGAAAGCCUUAUUUGGAAAUCUUAUGGACGAAGAAAUGAGUCGCCAGACUGCCACCGCGCUGCCCACAGGAACCUCCAAAUGCCCCCCCUCCCAGCGCGUGCCCACCCUGUCAGGCACCACCGCCUCCAACAGUGACCUGGCCAGCCUGUUCGAGUGUCCUGUCUGCUUCGAUUAUGUCCUACCCCCCAUCCUGCAAUGCCAGUCGGGACACCUGGUAUGCUCCAACUGUCGGCCCAAACUUACCUGUUGCCCCACCUGCCGAGGCCCCCUGGGCUCCAUCAGGAACCUGGCCAUGGAGAAGGUGGCCAACUCUGUCCUCUUCCCCUGCAAGUACGCCUCAUCGGGCUGCGAAGUCACCCUGCCUCACACCGACAAGACGGAGCACGAAGAGCUGUGCGAGUUCCGGCCGUACUCCUGCCCCUGCCCCGGAGCCUCCUGCAAGUGGCAGGGCUCUCUGGACGCCGUCAUGCCUCACCUGAUGCACCAGCACAAGUCCAUCACCACGCUGCAGGGGGAGGACAUCGUGUUCCUGGCCACAGACAUCAACCUGCCGGGCGCCGUGGACUGGGUAAUGAUGCAGUCGUGCUUCGGCUUCCACUUCAUGCUGGUGCUGGAGAAGCAGGAGAAGUACGACGGCCACCAGCAGUUCUUCGCCAUCGUGCAGCUCAUUGGGACUCGCAAGCAGGCCGAGAACUUCGCGUACCGGCUGGAGCUGAACGGCCACCGGCGCCGCCUGACCUGGGAAGCCACGCCGCGCUCCAUCCACGAGGGCAUCGCCACGGCCAUCAUGAACAGCGACUGCCUGGUGUUCGACACGUCCAUCGCACAGCUGUUCGCCGAGAACGGCAACCUGGGCAUCAACGUCACCAUCUCCAUGUGCUAAGAACUUCGAGAGAAAGAAGGGGGUCAACAACAACAACAACAUUAAAAAAAAAAGUUACAGAUUGUUUCCCAGUGGGGGGAGGCGAAGGGGGGAGGGGGGUGCAUUUUAAGAGUGCGGGGGGGGGGGGAGGAGGGGUCAAAUCAGUUGUGACCUCACAGCGCCCUCUCUCUCUGUCUCUCUCUCUGCCUCACCCCCUUGAGAUAGACUUUGACGUGGAACUCGGACUGUCUGAUGGGGCAGCCGUUGGAGGCCCAGGGGGUGGGUGGGAUGGAUGAUGGAUGGAUGAUUGGAUGGAUGGAUGGAGACAGAUGAGUGGAGGAAUGGAGAAUAAAAAAAAAAAACACAAGGACAUAACUGUAGUGAUGGCUAUAGCCUUAUAAACACACACAUAUAUAUAUAAACAUAUAUAUGUGAGACACGUGCACGCUCACGCCGUCUCGCCCUCUCUCUCUUCGGUCAUAAACACGGACACAAAGUGACAAGCUGUUCAGUCAAACUCUCUCGUCUCUUUGUCAGCGUCUCUUCUCAGUGACUACCCCCCCCCCCUCCCCUCACCACUCCUGCUUCUUCUCACUCUUAUUUCAUUUUUUUUUUUUUUGUUGUCUCUCUCUCUCUUUCAAACCUCGUCUUUCACCCUGAGACAUUUCAGACACUACAGGUCUCCAGUCUUUACUCCCACCGAGACGCUAGAGGCUGGUCAGCGGAGCAGCUCUGUGAACCUGACAGCUACACACACCGAGGAAGACUCAAGCUAUGUAUUUCAACCACGGACUCUUGGUCAGUGCUAGGCAGUUAGCCAGCUAUCUAGCCCCCCCCCCCAUAUCCUUGCCCCUACACACAGACACACCUCCUCCUCCUCCUUUUUGUUUCACCUCAGCAGCACCUGCUGGAUCAAACGGUUCACACACGCAUCUCCGACACCUGCAGGGGUGCGACGGCUCAAACUGGACCCCAGAGCCUCAUGAAGUUGUUUUUUUUACUUUUUUUUUUUUUUUACCUCCCUCAGACUCCGGUAUUUAUUUUCACCUGUGACCGACAUGGCUAUGGAUUUCUUUUUUUCGGUCAAGAAGUGGCGACAUCGGCGGAGUUCUGACACGCACACAAAAACACACCCACAGACACACACACACACACACACACCUGUUGUAUAUGUUUCAGACUGCGUGUGCACAGGUGGAUGAAAUGUGCGUGUGAUGGAGAAACGGAGGGGUCUGUUUGUUUUGUUUUCUUCUGUUUGUUUGUGAGGAAGAAGGAAAAACACUGCAUUUCAGUCGAGUCAAAGUUUUUUCUUUCCGGGUUUAUGCUUCAAUUUGUCUCGUUUCUUGUUAAUUAUUGUAGUUGUCUUCUACUUUUUUUGUAUGAGAGAGAAGAACUCUGGUGUGUGUGUGUGCGUGCACGUGUGUAUGUGUGUGUGUGAGGGAUGAACAUCACACAUGGCAAGAAGCCUGCUCACUCCCCCCCCCCCCCCCCCCCCCCCCCCCCGCUCUCACUCUACUCUGCCUCCAUCUCGUUCUGUCUGCCAGCGUCGGCCUCAACCACUGAUUGACUGAUCAACCCAAACAGGAAUGAGGGACAGUUUCUACCGUUACAAUGUUGCUAUUGUUAUUAUUAAAUGGAGAUUAUCAUAAUUAUCAUUUUUUGUAAUGACUUUUAAAAAGCAAAAAUUAAAAAGGCAGUUGUAAAACUCGUGGCUAAACUUCAGUGUUUGUAGAUAAAAAGCAAGUUGUAUUGUUCUUAUGAAAAGUUUGUUCCACCUCCCCCCCCUCCCCUCGAGUUGGAUUGUUUUUCCCUCAUCUAUUUGUCUCUGUCCUCUUUUGUUUGUGUGGUAAGUCUCUCUCUUUUUUUUUCUUUUUUUGUCUAUGAGGAGGGAGGGAGGUGAAGCCAAUCAUCUCUCCCUUCCUCUUCAUGUGGAGUCUCAGUAAUGUUGCUGC